AUGCGUCCAUCGUUUAACUUCCCUGAAGAAUUUAAAAUAUUCGACGAUCAACAUGAGAAUCCAGUUGUUGGUAUUCAUGUCCGACGUACGGAUAAAAUAAAUACUGAAGCGAGUUUUCAUAGUUUAGAAGAAUAUAUGACUGAAGUUGAGAGCCAUUUUCAAUUCAUAGAUGCCAAACGUCAAAUGAUGUCUAGAACUGAAGUAAGUAUUUAA